UUGUUGAAGUCAUCAACAACCGCCUGCGCUUCAAGCAAUUCUUCAGAGGUCUUCAACAGCAGCGAUGGGUUUAUCAGCUCGAUGAAGUGCUGCAAACGACCCCAGUACGUCGACUGGUCGUACUUGGAGGCGCCUGCCACACGUGGCGGGCCGAGGAAACGCAGACACACAACACAGACAGGACAGACGAUAGAGAAAUGCGAGUCAGUCAGUCAGUCGUGCAUCUCAUGCAGCCGAGCAGCCCUGCAUGCCUGCUGUGGAUCUGUACAUACCUUGUUCGACAUUCUCAUCUCCCUCCUGGGUCUGACUCUCCUGCACCCACACAACACACACGCACGCAGAAUUCCGUGACUGACUGAUGGACGAAUCGCUGCUCUCUCGUCCAUAUGUGACGGUACCUACCUCCUCUGUUGGCAGGGUCGUGUUUGCUGUGUUGCCAACUAGCUCCCUGUUGGCCCAUUCGGCUGCACGUGCCGUCACCGACAUGGGAUAGCCGCUCAGCAGCAGCAGCAGCAGCAGCAGCUGAAGCAGACAAAGAAUAGUGAAGAGCCGCGACUGCAUGAAUGCAAGCAGUGGCGAGUGAGUGAGCCAGAGGGACAAUGAGGCGGAGCAAGCGACGGGAUAAGACCGGCCGGCAGGCACGUAGAUGCAGGCAGAUAGGCAGGCAGGCGCACCCCGCAAUCCGCGCUGGACAUCUUCUCCGCUCGUUCUCUUCCUUUCCGAAUUCGGAUCGCUCUCCGCGAUGACUCAUCAAUGUCAUCAUUGAUGCCAAGGCCAGACACCACAGCUGCACACAACACACACCGACACAUCAGCCUUUACUUCUGUUCCACUUACUCACACC